AUGGAGACUAGCUGCAGCCCUACUCCGUCAUCAGUAGAGCCUACUAGCCCUCCCGACUGGCCAACCCACUCCCCUCGCCGCUUGGACGAUGCUCUGCAACUUGUCGACGGGGAGGAUAGCAAGGACUUCCUCGUUGCCAAACGAAAGCCGUCCGGCGCUUGUGCAGACUGCAAAUCAGUCAAGGUUCGAUGCGAACCAGUUCCAGGGCAGCGCAAAUGCAAGAGGUGCCAGUUGAAGAACCUCCCUUGCCAGGCUCGAGAGCGGAAAAGGCGCAAGGCAGCCGAAACGCACGAAGAACUUCAGGAAAAGGCACGCCAACAGGACUUCCAAAUACAAGAGCUAUUGCGCCAGUACGAUAGUCAAAGAGCGGCAGACAAGAUCACACAUUGGAUGACCAAAUCGAAUCCUUUUAAUUCGAGAGGUUUCCCUGCCAACAGCAAGUCCGCUGCAAUCCGCCAUCGCUGGAUGCAGCGUGGGCUUUCCGUGGAGCAGGCGAGCUUGUCGUACUUCAGAAAUGCAGGUCGGCUGGACACCGCCAAUCUCCCCGCAAUUGUAAACCACUGUGACCUUUACCCAGAGGAAAUUGAGGACCUUUUUGCAAUUUUCUUCAAUCAAAUCAACCCGUAUUUCUCCAUCCUCGACGAAGGCUAUCACAAGCCGGCCACACUUAUCUGGACCGCACCUUUCCUAUUUACCGUCGUCUGUGCUAUUUCCUCUCGACAUUAUGCCAGUCGUCCCGAGCUAUAUCCUCUGGCCAUGGACUUUGCUCGGGAUAUGGCUGGGAAGGCUCUUGUCGAGGGAAAGAGAAGUAUCGACAUGUGCCAGGCCUAUUUACUCAUGGCGGUGUAUCCUGUUCCAAAAAAGAAGUGGGUGGAAGACCGAAGCUGGUUGCUAAUGGGUAAGCUGUUGAACAGGAUGGCGAUGGAACUGGGUCUGAACCAACCUGCACCAGGUGACUGCUCCGAAAUGGAGCGCCUGAACCGCGUCCGAACCUGGCUUACCUGUUAUUGCGUGGAUGGCUCCCAUGCGAUUCAGUUUGGUAAAAUGCCCAUGCUACCAUUGGACGACUACCUUGCUAGGACGCUGUCGAACACCUGGUACAUGUCCUCGAAUCUGAACAACCCCUUCGAUGUCCAUCUGUGCGGUUAUGUUCAAGUAUUAUCUAUCAUGGCGGAAUGGCGAACGGCAAACGCCGCUCAGUUGCAAGACCCCAAUCUGAAUGAUUCAAGUAUCAUCGAGCUGGCACUUGAAACACGGGGAAAGCUUCAGAAGGAAAUCGGGAGAUGGCGCGAGGCGUACGCCCGAGAACUACAGCUUUUCCCUCUACCCAUCUGCCGAUAUCGUGCGUUUACCACACCAAUGAUCACGGCGUAUCUCGAGCUGGUGGUCCUCUCCUCUGGCUUUCAAGCCGAGUUCCGAAGCGGGUCCUUUGAAAGCUCUGUAGUACUCCCUCUAGCGCUUGGUUCUGCACACGAAGUGAUCCGGAGCGUCAUCGAAGAUUUAGCACCAACAGGGUACCUUCGUUACGCUAUGGAUUCCAAUUUCCUUUAUGUUUCCUUCGCGGCUUCAUUCUUGAUCAAUUUACUACGGCCUAAAUUCAAGCGAAUGCUUGACGAAUGCCAGCGACAGAGAAUAAUUGACGCUGUAACAAAUCUUACGGAAGUGCUGACAUCGGCCAAGGUUGCACUCGACGCAAGGCACACGCCAGUGCUCUAUGCGCGCUUUCUACUUUCCCUUCUCAACAAGUACCAUUACCGCGCACAGUCCAUAACGCCCUCGAUGUCCAGCCACGUCAAGGCAAGUCCUACCCCGCCAUCCGAUAUGUACUUCUGGCCCGAAGUAUGCAAUUCCUCGGCCAGCGUGGGCUCUCCCUCGGCGCUCGGUGCUAACUUUGAGGAUGGCUUAAUCUACUCGCGAUUCGGGGAGGCAUUGGGCUUACAGCCUUCCCAUCUAAUCAGGCAGGAACCUGGAUACUACGGUGCACAUCAGGGCGUCAGCUACUCAGGAGAUGUCUCUUCGUUCCUCACGCGGAAUGAGUCAUUUGACCUGAGAAAUUCAGCUCCAGGAGGAAGGAGUUUUGGGCCUUUAUCGUGA